AGGGGUGUUUUCUUUAUGUUAAGGGACCCAUGUUUUAACACUCGUAGUCAUCAGCGAUUCAACAAGUAGUCGUUCACUAGUCGUUGCUCUCUAUUUUUCGACUAACAUUCAUCGUUCCUACACUCGAGAAUGACCAAGUUUGAAGGAACCUUCACGAACUUCAAGAAUGAGAAACUGGAUGAAUUUUACAGUGCCAUCGGAAUCCCAUGGGUUGCAAGGAAGAUGAUGACAGCUUCUUCUCCUACAAUUGAAAUCUCCAAGAAAGAUGACCAGUGGACUAUGAAAACAAGCACUCUGAUGUCAAGCAGUUCUAAUACUUUCAAGCUUGGAGAAGAGUAUGAAGAAACAAUGAUGGGGGGCAGGUCUAUUAAGAAUACAGCCACUGUUGAAGAUAACAAGUUGAUAAUCAGCUCCCAAAGUGAUCGUGGUAAAUCUCAAAGGGUUUUGGAGUUUUCUGAUGAUGGCUUUAUCAUGACAAUGACUCAUGAGAAAACGGAUCUAGUUGCUGUACGUCAUUUUAAACGAGCAUAAAUAUAUACUAUUUCGGUUCGAUAUGAUUGAAUAAAUCUCAAGUAAACAUUGA